AUGCCAUCUCAGUCUCAGCAGGGUGACGAACCCAGUCACAUGGAGGUUAUUGAUCUCACGGCAGACUUGACUGGUGGUUUUACGGACCCGACGCUUGAACCCAGAGUGCCCUCUGCUCAUGCUGUCGAAACAAGUUCAUCGGAUGAUCUGUCUGAUGAUAACACGGCGGACAAUGAGACCACACAUGGAGACUUCGAGCAAACAGAUGCAGAUGCAGUGGCUCCAUGCGGCGCGCCAGAGGCGGCGCUCGAAACGAGGGCGGACCACUUUGAAAACGAUUCGGAUAGUAGUAAAUCUGAUGACGAGUUCGACCAAGAAGUUGGCGACUUUAUUAACUUUGACAAUGGGAACGCUGACAGUGAUUCUGACGCCGGAUCGAAUACUGACUUGGAGCCUGGUUGUCUAGAGACUUGCCAAGCAAGGUGGGAAAAGACGCAUGACAAAUCGCAAAUGCGUAAAUUCAGAAUUGGAGAGUCGAAGCAGUUGAUUGCAGAGUUCCGUGCAAAGUUACUCGUCAUGAAAACCGAAAAUCGGCGGCUUCGCGGUGAAUUGGCUGCAGCAGCUGCAGCAAGAAGUGGCACUUCGAGACGAACAGAGGCGCAAUGGCCACAAUAUCUGAAAUGGUACCUCCGACGUGAGUUGGCUCGCCUUCCAGCCGGUUUAGGAAGCUAUCAAAACAUCUACAGGCUUAGUUGCCGCGAAAUGAACAUACCGCCACAUCCAUCACGGGUUCUACCCGGCUUGGUCCUGAGGGAACCGAGUCCAGAAGGAGAUGUACCUGGUGCCGUGGAGUCUACAGCAGUCACUAGGAAUGGCUACUUUGAUCAGCUGCCGCACAUGGCCCAAUUUCGUGUCCUUGAAAAUCUUUUGUGCUUUUAUGGACAGAAGGUUCAUGUCUUAACCAGGCUUGAUCCAUACCACAAGCCUUCCCUAUCGUCUGGUGUAUUGGGCAAUGACCCGGAACGCCCCCAGCCUCUACGUCGUUUUCACGUCGGGGACUCGUCGGUAAGCCUAACUUAUGCCACGCUUCCGAAAGUCUUGCUGGCACCAUUGGUAGUGUGCAAAAAGUGGUUGUUCUGGGGCGCGCAUCUGUUCUAUGGACAGAACACUUUCGCAUUCUCAUCGCUGGGCGAAUAG